CAAAUAUUGUAUUUUUAAUACUAUCGCAGUGAUUGUGUGUGAUUAUUCUUUAUAUAUCUUUGAGUGGUAGUAUAUGCCAUAAAUGCUUGUGUUAUGUUUCUGUGCAUUUUUGUAUUCGACAACUGCCUCAUUAAGGGGAUGCACAUUAUUGUGAUCUAGGUGUGAGGGUAUGGCAUCAUCUUUUGCUUCACCUCGUGCCUAUUUAAUCCGGGUGUACUCUCGGUGGUACCAGAUAGACUUUUUGGGCGACGAUGGUUGCACGUAUGAUUCGCAGGCUCCUAUCACAUCGCUUUGGAUAAGUCGCCCAAAUGCUACUGUGAGCGAGUCAUCGACGCCUCUAACUGUUGAGACACCUCUUGCUCAGGAGUAUGCUGAUGCUAUUUUGGGCCUGAUCAACAUUAAUCGGUCUCUUUAUUUAAAUGUUGUAGUAGCUGUUGAAUCAGUUGCCGAUGUAUCUUUUGAUGAGGCUACUGCUGUUGACUGUCGGAAAUCCACUAUAUACAGGGUAAAGAGGGUAAACUUAUUCCCAAUUGACAACUUCCUGGAGGAGGUUGGCGGUGAUGAUGUAAAAUAUGACGACCCUGUUCUUUUGGGUGAAGAAGGCAUUAACAGUUCAAAAUCGCAAUGGGAUGGAUCGAAGAGUCCAGUGGCUCUUCGUGAUUCCGGUUCUCAAUCCUUUGAGAAUGAUCAGAACAGUGGCGUAAUUAAGGAUAUAAGUGACUUGUUGACUACCGGUCAUUAUUUUAGUCGUUCUGCUGAUUUAACUAGGUCGUUGCAACGCCAAUGGGAGCAAGGAUAUGUACCAUUACGUCCUAGGCGUUUUGCUACCUUGCCAGAGACUGUAGAUGCUACUUCCCACAAGGAAAGUGAGUCGAGUCCUAGGUCCACCAAGUCAUCUGAAACACUGUUUGACAUGGCUGAUCCGAUGUUUAAUUGGAGCAAGGGUAUGUCACAUGAUAUCCCAUCGCAUUGGUUGACUCCUUUAAUUCAGGGCUAUGUAGGUUAUAUGCAGCAGUUAUGGAAUCAAAAGAACUUGCAAAUAAUGUUGAUUGGUCGUCGUUGUGUAUAUCGAUCUGGCACUCGUUUGAAUGCCAGGGGUAUUGACGUUGAAGGUCAUGUGGGCAACUUCGUAGAGAGCGAGCUUCGCAUACGCGUUGAUCAAGGUAGUUGGAAGAGUUUUGUUCAGAUUCGCGGUUCCGUUCCCGUUUUUUGGGGCCAGCGCAAUAUUUUUGCGCAUCCAUAUUUCACUCGUCCAAUUAAUGAGAGUGAACAGGCAUUUCUUCUCCAUUAUCGCCAUCUUCAGCGUCUGUUUGGUGAGGAUGUUGACGUUUGCAUGUUGACAUUGCUUGACAACAAGGCAAGUGAGAUUUUCUUGCUAGAGGCAAUUGACCAUUUGAACCAUACCUUUGAUUAUUUGCCGAUCCAUUUGGUGAAGUAUAACUACAAUGUGAAGGUUAAAUGGAGUUCCGUUGUUCCAGAGUUAAUUUCGUUUGUGAACACUAAUUUGCUACAUAUGUUGCAAGCCUAUGGUUACUUUGAUGGUGAGAUGAUGUCACGUUCACGAAAAGCCGUUUUGCGCCAGCAAUGUGUUGGGAAGCGUAUACCUGGUAUUCAGAGUGGCGUCCUUCGUGUAAAUUGCCUUGAUUGUCUUGAUCGUACUAAUGCUAUGCAGCUCAUGGUAGCUUGGGUAUGGCUGGCAAAUGUGCUUGAUCCAUCGGGUGCCAGUAAUAUGCUUGACCACGAUCACACUGACCAUGAUUUUAGUGGUUCGCUUCGUGAAUUUCGUGACAUGUGGUGUAACCACGGUGACAAUGUGAGUUUAUUACACUCUGGAACGGAGUCCGUUUACACUCAGCACAUUCGUGAGGGACGUCAAUCCUACGGUGCUUUAUUUCAUUACACCAAGACUAUGGUGAACCGUGCUUGUAGCGUAGUAUUUAAUGAUGAAGCUCGCCAGGCCUCUAUAAAUAUUCUUCUUAACAUUGUGCCAAAGGACGAUAUCGACUCUCCUACAGCGACUGAAUCGGUUACACCAACAGCAGCACCUGAGAACGCUGACGACUUGGUAGUAUGGUGUGGCACUUGGAACAUGAAUGGCGCAUCGUUGUCUAAAAAGGACAACAUAGGUGAGUGGGUGACACCUGGUCUAGAAGCUGGUGCCAAUAUGUUUGUGUUUUGCCUUCAAGAAUUUGUUGAAUUAUCUGUUUUGAACGUUUUAAGUGGACGCACUGAGGAAAACAAAGAAAUUUUGUUCAACGGAAAAGUGUUAAACAUUUUGAAUGACUUUGCUUUUGGUCGUGGUGUUCGUUUUGUUCAUUUGAAAUCUUGUUCGAUGGUUGGUUUAUAUUUGACAGUGUUCGUGAGUGAGAAGUUGCGUCCUACUGUGCGUGACUUGGUGACUACUUAUGUGAAGACUGGUUUCAAUGGUAACGUUGGUAACAAGGGUGCUGUUGGGAUACGCUUCAAUAUGGGUGGGCAGAGCAUCAGUUUGAUUGAUGUGCACUUGAAUUCUGGCAAGCUUCCUCAGGGUGUGAGAAUUUCUGAACUUGAUUUCGUCAUUCGCAAUUUAUUCCAGGAACAUGGUGAAUAUUCAUUGCUGGAUGAUGAUCUAUUUGUAUUAGGUGGAGAUUUCAAUUUCCACAUCGUUUCAAUGGACGACUUAGGCACUACUGAGGUAUUUAAGCAGAUAUACGGGGGCAAUAUUAGUGUUCUGUUAGAGGACGACGAAUUCUUGAGCGAAAUAAAGCACCCUAUGUCUCAUUUACGCCGCAUUCGUGAAGCUACUAUUACCUUUGAGCCUACAUACAAAUUCAAGAAAGGGACAGAUUUCUACGAAGUGAAGCGUACCCCUGCGUGGUGUGAUCGUAUUCUAUAUGGUGGCAACAACGGUUCAGAUUCUGAGAGUCGUGUUCGUUGUUUAUCAUACCGUCGCCAUGAAAAGAUGGUUUCUAGUGACCAUAAGGCGGUUUCAGCAUUGUUUGAGUUGUACGCGAAAAAGCGGCAAGUCAAAAUGCAGGCUGCAAUAUCGUUGAUUGACCUUUGAAUUAAUCUCAUAUGUAAUCUAU